AAACAAACCGCUGUCAUGUGAGUUCGUUCGUGUCGCUGGUGCGAUUUCGCUUUUCUUUCCAAAUCGACACGAACCAGCUCAGCCAGCAGCACGGUCGUCCGUCAAGCCAACAUCGUCUGCGGUUUCGAGGCCCCACCUGUUCACGACGACCGCGAGAGAGCGGACACAAAAAGGUGAAAUUUCACCUGAACGUCGCGGGUCUUUCGAGUUUAAUUGGCCGGAACGAGGACGGAUUUGGGCGAUGUCCACGCCAGGAAGUAGCAACGGAGUGGCCACUUGGGUGCGGGAGAGCAACCUGCUGUGGUACCAUCGGUGGGUGAUUCGGGUGCUGAAGGCGGGACCGAUUCCGCAGCAUGUGGCCUUCAUCAUGGACGGAAACAGGCGGUUCGCCCAGAAGGAGAACAUUGCCAAGGCGGAGGGACAUUCGAAGGGGUUUGACAAGCUGUCCGAGACGCUGCAGUGGUGUCAGGACAUUGGCAUCCGCGAGGUCACCGUGUACGCGUUCAGCAUCGAAAACUUCAAACGCACCAAGGAAGAGGUGGACACGCUGAUGUCGCUGGCCCGGGAAAAGUUCCGCAAGCUGCUCGAGGAACGGGAUAAACUGCACGAGCGAGGAAUCUGCAUUCGAAUCAUCGGCAAUACCGCCCUCCUUCCCGAAGAUAUCCAGCGCUUCCUGGCCGAGGCCGUCCUCAUCACGCGCAACAACACCAAAGCCUUCCUGAAUGUGGCCUUUUCGUACACGUCGCGCGACGAAAUGGCCCACUCGAUUCGCACCGUGGCGGAAGGUUUCGCCCAGGGAAAGCUCCAGCAGGACGACAUCGACGAAGAGCUGCUCUCCCGGUGCAUGUACACGAAGCACGGAACCAACCCGGACCUCCUCGUGCGAACAUCCGGCGAGGUGCGGCUCAGCGACUUUCUCACCUGGCAGUCCGAGUCAACGGUCAUCUACUUCACCGAGACCCUCUGGCCGGAUUUCAACGUGUGGCAGCUGUUUGGGGCGGUGUUUUACUACCAGCGAUGCCAUUGGCAGCUAAGAGCCGGAGGAAAACGUGAAAUCGAAGCGAGUGAGGGUGAAAGCAGUGUGACCGAUGAGAAGGAACGCGAGGAACGGGUGCGCCGCUUUUUGGACGACGUCGAGCGGAGAGAUCACGAGAGUUUGGUGAAGUUGACGGGGGCAAUAUCGCUGGAAGAGUGAAUGAACACACAACUUAAGUCUCGUCCUGUUAUUUGUAGAUGACUUGCCGAAUUAGUGUUAAGGUACCCAAUCAUAUUCCAAUUUAAGUAAUAUCGUGUGUUAAUUUUUCAGAAAAUAAAUUUAUCUUAUUUUACUGGC